GCCAUACCGCCUUCCAUCGCGCCCGCAUCGUGAUAUAGCAGGACAGUCCCUCCCCACCACUGGCACCACCUCUUCGUCCUCUCUUGCUGGGCUGGACAGACUCAUUUUCUCGAAUAUAACCGGCCAAAGCAUUUCCGCACGAAACGAACAUGUCCUCCCUCACCCCCGAUCAGAUCAAAACCCUCGAGCAAUCGCGUCAACGCCUCGUGCAACUGACGCAUUCCCUGGGCUCGUUGAUCACCAGUCUGAACCAGAGUGAUCCCCUGCCGUCAUGGACCUCCCUGCAAUCCCAAGCCACCAUCAUCAGCAACAACCUCCUCACCAUCUCCGACCACCUCUCGGACAACCGCGCCCUCCUCGCCACCCUCGUCGCCUACCCGGCCCCCUCCUACCCCGCGCGCAACCCCGCCAACACCGUCGCCCUCGAGCAGCUGCUGCGCACCAAACUCGACCCCCGCGUCGAGGACUGGGUGGCGCGCGGCCGGAAGGCCGGUGGGUCGCUGGCGUCGGCCGCGCCGCCGUUCGGGCCGGGGACUCCGGGGCAUGGCUCCGGCGGCGGUGCCGCAGUGGGCGCGGCGGCUGGGGGUGACAACGGCCAAGGGCAGGGGCUGGAUGAUCUGGCCGCGCUGGCCGAGCUGUGGGAUUGGGCGCCGGUGGAGGCCAACCUGGAGGCGCGGCGGAGGAACUGGGGUGGGAAUUUUACGUUGGAGGAGCGCGAGCGCGGGGUCGGGAAUGUCGUGACUGGGUUGCGGCGGGUGUUGGAGGAUGAUGAUGAUGAUAGUGAAAGUGGGGAGGAGGAGGAGGAGGAGGAGGAGGAGAGUGGCGACGAGGAAGGGGAGGGGGAGCCCGAUGAGAUGGAGGUUGUGGGCGUGAGGCGCAAGUCUGGGGUCGCGCAGGGCUUGGAGUUUGAUAUUGCGCCGGCUGCCCCCGGGCAUGCUGCACAGCAGACGGUGGUGGCGCCGGUGGUGCCGUUGGAUGAGAUUUUGCGGUUUAUGACCGUGGGGAUUAUGCCGAGUCAGAGGUGAUUUUACUCGUUACACGGAUUACAGGGAGCGGUUUACCCGUUACAAGGAUUACAAGGAGCGGGGAAGAUUUGGAAAAAAGCGGAUUAAGUAUUGUCUGGGGUGAAGAAGCUCAAAAAAAGGAGGCGGAGGCCGCUUAACCACGUCUCCGGGUGGUGGGAGUCUUGCCCGAUGACUUGGGCGAGGAAAUGCCCGAGCUGGUGGCGGUUGGCCUCGGGGUCGAGACGCCCGCGGCGCUGGCGCUGGCAAUAGGCUUGCCCGCGGUCUUCUUCUUGUUCUUGACCUGGGACUUGGCCGGGCUGUUCCAGUAGUACAGCAUCUGAGCCGCGAGGAUCAGGUUCAGCGAGAAUCCAGCAAUGAAUCCGUACAGGAUCAGCUUGUCGUCCACCUCUUGCAGCGUCGUGAAAAUGCGCGACAGAGAACCGGCGAGAUAGUUGAAGACCUGGGACCAAGACAAUUAGCUACAGUGCCCAUGACAAGACUGCACAUAAAAGAAGAA